AUGUACGGACCGAGCAGGCCCGACGACCUUGAAGGGCCGGAUGGGUCCGAUGACCAGAACAGGCUGGGCGGGCUUGAUGACUCAGAUAAGUCAUUGGAUGGUACUAACGACCAAGACGAGACGAACGGUACAAAUGACGACGUCUCGGAUGACGGCGACGUGCACAAUUUUGAUGACGCGGACGGCAACGCGGACAACUCUAAUGAUGCAGACGGCAAUGCGAACAACGUUGAUGAUGUAGACAGUGAGGCAGACAAUGCUGAUGACGCGAAAGACGCAGACAAACAACAAGAGGGAGGGUAG